CACCUUGUGUUGAUUUGCUUAGGUACUACUUUUCUGCCCACAGACAGUUUCAGGCUGCCAUGGGUGGCAGUCAUUCUUUUGGUCAGGAUAACUGAGCGUAAUUUCUAAGGUGCUGGAAUAUAUUCUGCUGCUGCACUACUGUUAAGAAAUGAGUAGGUCUAAGUAUGUGACAGUUUGGCUCUUGACAAGCUAAUUAUUUGCAGAUUUGUGCAUCCUUAGAUGAUCUUUAGUGGAUGAAACUUCCGCUCACACUGACCCUCUAAGAUGCUGCUGUUUGUACAGUGUAGCUGGUGUGCACCUCUCCACAUUAGCAGAAGCCAGGGGCAUCACUCAUGCAUAAGCGAAGGCAGUGGGACUGUGCCCAUCCCAGGGAAAGCCAAACCAGCCCUGUAGCCUCGUUUAAUAACAGGAGGUGAUAAAGGGGCCAGAAACAAAUGUGUUAAACCCACACAAAGAACUGGUAUUUUCAGUUGGCAACAGUAAUAGCUUGAGAAAGAACCCUUUUUACUCUGUGAAUAAUAAAACUGCCCCCCCUUCCCCCAAGUUUAUGCUGGUUUUGAUCAGGGACACUGAACGUCCUGCUACCUUUGGUGCAGUCAGAAGAUAAACCUUUCCUCAGGUAGCAUUCGUAUUGCCGCAGUGGGAAUUUCAUUCAAGGUAGGUUUGGCACUAUGCGUCAUCUGAUGUCUGUCUAUGUGUUAGUUAUUUAUCCGCUUUAUUCUGACCUCCCGUCUUCCCAGCUGCCAGGCUGUACGCUGAACACGCUCUUUAGAGAUUAUGAGUAUCCGAGCAGCCAGGCAUCUACUAUGUUUUAAACCACAGCACCCCUGACCAGCUUUCCAGACCUGUGGGGAAGGUUCGGGUGCUGGCUGGGUGUACUCUCUCUGGAAAGGGGAACGCAGCCGUGGCGAAGUGGGGAGGCUUUGGGAAAAGCUGGGGUGAGCCGACCGGGGCACGGGCGAUGCCCCCGGCGCUCGGAGGCGGUCAGCCCCGUUGGCGGAGGGCGAAGCCUCGCCAGCCCGGGGCGGCCGCGGUGCCCGCACGCCGCGCCGCCCCGCCCCGCCCGGUCGGGGGAAGGCGGAAGGGUUUCGGGGCGGCCCCGCUCCCCGGCCUGCGAGGGCAGCAGCGCCCGGUGCCAUGGCGCGGCGGCGCCGGCACCUCCGCUGCUGAGGGGAGGCCCGCGCCGGCAGCCGCCAUGGCCGCCGCCCUCCGGUGCGCCCUCUGCAGCUGUCUCCUGCUCUGCGUAUCUGGAAUAGUGCCAAAGCCCCAAAAUGCAAGAAUUAUUUCAGUUAAUCUUCGUAGCACUUUACAGUGGGAUGCACCUAGGUUUCACAAAGGGAAUAUAAGUUACACUGUCCGAUCUAAGAGCAUCAAUUUCCCUGGAGACACAUAUGAAAAUGUGAGCACAAACUUGAGACUCACAGAGUGUGAUGUCUCUUCCCUGUCUGCAUAUGGAGACUACGUUUUACAGGUCAGAGCAGAGUCAGAAGAUAACCAUUCAGACUGGGCAACCGUCAGAUUUAAGCCAAUGGAUGACACAGUCAUUGGGCCACCUGAUGUACAAGUGAAGUCAGAGUCUGGGUCCCUGCAUGUGGAUUUCACAGGCCCUUUUGCUGAACAUGAACAUGACAAGUGGCCUCUAAAGCAAUACUACGGCUCAUGGAAUUACAGAAUACUGUACUGGAAGAAAGGCAGCAAUACAGAGGUAACUCACAUAGAUACUAAACAUAACUCUGAAAUAUUAUCUCAGUUGGAGCCGUGGACAAUAUAUUGUAUUCAAGUGCAAGCAGUUAUCCCUGAGUGGAACAAAACAGGGGAACUGAGCAGAGAGCUUUGUGAGCAGACAACCCACAACGGUGUAACUCCUGUGUGGAUAAUUGUGACCGUUCUUAUAGGAUCAAUGUUGGUCGUUGUAAUAUCUGUUCCUGUUUGUUUCUUUUCCUUUUUGUAUCUCUAUCGACUCACCAAACAUGUUUUCUGCCCCUCAUAUAUUUUCCCCCAACACUUGAAAGAGUUUUUGAGCAAGCCUCCCAGUGGUGCGCAGUUUUUUUCUCCGCUCCCACAAGAAGAGCAUCUUUUUUAUGACAAGCUAACUGUCAUUUCAGAAGAAUCCAAAAAUAACAGUGAUGAGACUGGGGAUGAGGCCGGCAAGACAACAGAGCACCUUCAGGACUCUGAACAAGAAGAUUCUGAUUCAAGAAUAGUACCAGCUUCAGAAAAGGCCUAAAUGCACUCCUCGUACUUCACUUGGACCAAAAGAAAAGCAAAUGGGCUGUUGAGUUUAUCUUCUUAUUGCUGCAUUCUUAAGACAGUAAAGAUUCACAUGCGAAGAUGUAUACACAGACUUUUCAGAUAAUCAUAUUUUUUUAAAGUACAAGAAACUUGACUAUAAAUGAGGAAUUAUAUGAUACGUAAUUUUUGCCACUGUUUGUAGUGGCUCACAGUUAAGUUGUAGCAAUACCUUGGACUGUAUUACAACAUUAAUUUAAAAAGCAAUUAUAUAUAUAAUACUAGUUAAUUUAACUUUGAUGAACUAUUUAUUGCAAAAGCUAAUCAAAAUGAUAUAUUGUAUAAGGUUUGUAAAAGAAAAUCACAUUUUGUAAAGAAAGACCUGAUCUGACUUAUUUUUUUUAAUGAGAAAUUGUGUGUAUUUCUUAAGGAUGUCCCUCGUGGCGUAAUCUUUCUAUUGAAUAUUUUUUUACCUGGUGCAAAACUGUAAAGUUAUCAUGAUGGUAUGAACUUGGUGUGAAUAAACCAAACACAAAUA